GGGGCACCCCCGGGGCCCGGCCCGCCCGGGGCUCGCCGCGGGCCUGCACCGAUGCUAGUGCACAGCUACCCGGGCAUGGACCGCGCCGAGGGGCUGCCCGGGGCACCGGCCGGGGCCCGCCUGCCGCAGCUGCCCGCUCUCAACCAGGCUCCUUACGGCUCGGCUCCGCCGCUCUGCCACACGCCCGCCGCCGACUUCCAGCCGCCCUAUUUCCCCCCGCCGUACCCGCAGCCGCCGCUGCCUUACGCGCAGGGCCAGGAACCUGGUUACCCGCACCUGGGGGAUCCCUACGCGGCGCUGAGCCCCCUGCACCAGCAUCAGCAACCCGCUUGGCCCCCGCAGCGCAGCCGGCAAGACGACGCGGGGCUGCUCUCACAAACCCACAGGGCCCUGGGGCUUGACCCCCGCCGCGAGUACCCUGCCGUGCCCCGCCUGCUCCACGGGCUGCCCGACGGCGGACACGGCCUCUCCGACGGCCCGCUGGGCAUCCACGGGCUCGGACACCACGGCAUCGAGGACAUCCAGGCCGUGGACGACGGCGGGAUGAACCUGCUCGAUCAGUCCGUGAUCAAGAAAGUGCCCAUCCCCUCGAAGGCCAAUGGCACCACCAUUUCCACCCUGUCAAUGAACAAGGAUGGCCUGAUCGGAGGGGUGACGAAUCCCAACGAGGUCUUCUGCUCCGUGCCUGGACGCCUCUCCCUGCUCAGCUCCACCUCCAAGUACAAGGUGACCGUGGGGGAGGUGCAGAGAAGGCUCUCACCCCCCGAGUGUCUCAACGCCUCUCUCCUUGGUGGAGUCCUCAGAAGAGCAAAAUCCAAAAACGGAGGUCGGUGUCUAAGGGAGAGGUUAGAGAAGAUUGGGCUAAAUCUGCCUGCAGGAAGGCGCAAAGCUGCCAACGUCACCCUGCUGACCUCCCUCGUGGAAGGAGAAGCUGUUCACCUGGCUCGGGAUUUUGGGUACGUGUGUGAAACGGAAUUCCCGGCCAAGGCGGCGGCAGAGUACCUGUGCCGACAGCAUUCCGACCCCACGGAGCUCCACACCAGGAAAAACAUGCUGCUGGCUACCAAGCAAAUCUGUAAAGAGUUUGCAGACUUGAUAGCCCAGGACCGCUCGCCGCUGGGGAACAGCCGCCCCUCGCUCAUCUUAGAGCCCGGAGUCCAGAGCUGUUUGACUCAUUUCAGCUUGAUAACCCACGGCUUUGGGGGCCCAGCCAUCUGUGCAGCACUCACAGCCUUCCAGAACUACCUGGUCGAGUCCCUUAAGGGGCUGGAUAAAAUGUUCAUGAACAGCACAGGGAACGGGCACACGGCUGGAGACUCCAAAGCGUCAGAGAAAGAAGUGAAGCAUCGGAAAUAACGCCCUGGCCCCUUCCCUCUCCCCACCGGGAGCUCUCCCUGGUUGCACUGGGAGGGGUGUGGGUGGUCAAGAGGAUCCAGUGCACUGUUUUCUGAACUGCUACGUUUGAACUUGGGAGGGAACUCGUCGAGAGAACAAAGAAAAGACACACAAAAAAAGGAGAAGAUGUAAAGACUUUAAGAAGCAGACGAUACUAAUGGAUGCAGGGAGAGUGAGGAAAUCAGCCAGGUGGAUGGCUUUGGGGUUUUUGCCUUUGGUUUUGUUUUGGGUUUUUUGCCUUUGGUUGGUUGUUUUAAGUCGUGGAAGCAGGAAGCCAAGUCAUGUGCAAUCUUACUCUGUUUUGUUUUAAAGAGACCCAUUAGUGCAACCCUGACACGCUGCAGGAAUCUGCUCCCGCUGAAAAACGGAGGCGAAAGAGCAAGGAGCUGCAUGGAUGGAGGGAGCAGAGGAGGCAGCAGAGGGCAGGAAGCUGGACCCUUGGCUCUACUUGGAUUUAUCAGCUGCUUUUGAGAGGCAAACACAAAGGAGACUUCCCCCAUUUCUCUUCCUUCAGCCCAGUCCUAAAGCCAGGCCAAGAGAAAAAUUGCCAGCAGAACUGCCUUGGAUUUAAAGCCCUUUCAGACUUCGUUUACAGUUUGCAAACUGAGAUUCCAGGUGGAUCUUUCCCUCUCAACCCAGGUUGAGGACCUCCCACCUGCACCAGAAGGGCAGGAACCAUCUCUAUAUGGAUCCAGUGGUUCCCAGGGCAGGAGCUGAUGGAGGAGCUCCCCAACUGCUGUGGUCUCAGCUGAAGAGAGAGACAGAGCAGGUGAAGUUUAACCCAGGACUAAUUAAAACCCCACAAGCUACAGAUAACAGCACACAAAGUUUCUCAAAUUAGUGAUGAUGACUAAAGCACAAGGAGCAGAACUUGAACCAGGCCAAACUGAACUGUUCUAAUUCUGUAUAUAUUUAUUUAUGUGUAAUUAAAAUCUGAAAGUUUUAAGAUGUCCAGUGCAAGUUAUUUAUAUCAAAUUGAGAGGGGGUGGGGGUGGGGUUGGGUUGGGUUUUGCC